GCUGAGGCAGGAGAAUCGCUUGAACCUAGGAGGUGGAGGUUGCAGUGAGCAGAGAUCACGCUAUUGCACUCCAGCCUGGGCAACAAGAGUGAAACUCCAUCUCAAAAAAUAAAAAAAUAAAUUAAUUUUUUUAAAAAAGUGGAAUGCCAUGUGCUGGCUUCUGGAAGGCUCUUGCCACCCAAGUCAUGGGGAAGGGAGAAGAGGAGCGCUGAGAAGACAUGAGGAAGCUUGUGCUGGAGAGAGAUGAUCCCCACCACCGCGGCCUACCCGCAUCAACCCUUCACAAUGCUGGUGCCAGCUCUGGUGGCCACGACCAACAGGCAUGAAUAUAAGGGAGAGGCGACCGAGUGGAGUUCCCUGUGGGCCAAUCAGAGAGCAGUGGGCCAUCACGCCACCUGAGGCCAGCCAAUGGGAAUGCGGCAAGCUCUAUAAACGCGAGCAAUCCGCUGAGGUCUGGGCAGAGGACGCCGAGGGGGCAACAGUUUCAGACUCAUGGCCCGAACCAAGCAGACUGCGCGCAAGUCGACGGGUGGCAAGGCGCCGCGCAAGCAGCUGGUCACCAAGGUGGCUCGCAAGAGCGCACCCGCCACUGGCGGCGUGAAGAAGCCGCACCGCUACCGCCCCGGCACGGUGGCGCUUCGCGAGAUCCGCCGCUAUCAGAAGUCCACUGAGCUGCUAAUCCGCAAGUUGCCCUUCCAGCGGCUGAUGCGCGAGAUCGCUCAGGACUUUAAGACCGACCUGCGCUUCCAGAGCUCGGCCGUGAUGGCGCUGCAGGAGGCGUGCGAGUCUUACCUGGUGGGGCUGUUCGAGGACACCAACCUGUGUGUCAUCCAUGCCAAACGGGUCACCAUCAUGCCUAAGGACAUCCAGCUGGCACGCCGUAUCCGCGGGGAGCGGGCCUAGGAGGGCCAU